UUUAGAAUUAGAAGGGAAAACGCGACACAACCACAUUAUAAAGAAAGCAAAAUUCCCCAAUCCAUCCACCAUUGACUUUGUAGAUCAUUGAAAGCUUCAAGACGCUCUCAAAUCUCCUCGAGGCCUUGCCAUCACUAUGACUCGCGGAAGCCAGAGAGAACGUGAUCGCGAAAGAGCCCAGGCUCGCGGUGGCAGCAAGGGCAAGAACAAAGACGACGGCUUGACUCCCGAACAACGCCGUGAAAGAGACGCCAAGGCACUGCAAGAGAAGACGGCUAAGAAGGCGGCACAGGCCGCCGGUGGGGACUCUGCCGGAGGUAACAGCAAUAAUAAGAAAUAAGACCAAACGUUCAAUUUGGGGUUAUUUUGUAAUUCUAGUUCUGGGUUUUUGAGAGAUUUAUUAUGUCUUGGUUUCUUUUUCUUUGGUCUAAGGAAAAAAAAAACAAGUUGUCUUAAUUCAUGUUACUGUAUGUGGGUUUGUAUUUAAUAUUCUAAUUGGAGUUUGAAUAAGAAAAUUAAAUGUUACCAAA